AGAGGGGUACGUACACAAGGUACGUGAUCUAGACUACCAGUUGCCGGACUUUCACUUUUGUGAAAGCCCCGGUGGUCAAUGGGUUAGAUCGCUGACUUUGAUGCUGGCGAUGAGGUGCCUCACUAUGGCAAGUGUGGGUUCGAAAACCGGACGGGACUCAACACCCAAAAAACAUCAGCAACAUGACAGUAGGACUCAAGCGGCAGCUCGGCAUCAUCAGCGCCAUUAGCUACGUCACCGGCGGCAUCAUUGGAGGCGGCAUCUUCGUCAGCCCAAGUUCGGUGCUGUCUGGUGCUGGGGCGUCUGUUGGGCUCUCCCUCUGUGUGUGGGUGUUCUGUGGCUUCAUCAGCUACUGUGGAGCGUUGUCCUACGCCGAAUUAGGUACCCGUAUUAAGAAAUCUGGCGGAAGUUACACUUACGUAAGAGCAGCUUUUGGAGAUAUGGCCGGAUUUACGGUGUUGUGGGCACAGCUGUUUGUCGUGCGCCCCCUAGCGGCCGUAUUGGGAAGCCUGGUCACUGCCGAAUACAUCAUGAGGCCUUUCUACCUGGAGUGUCCCGACUUGGCUCCAAAAUCAGCCAAAGUUCUGCUGGCCACGGCUAUACUAGCGUUCAUCGUUGCCUGUAACUGUUAUAGCGUCCGCGUUGGUGCCGGAAUACAGACAGUGUCUGCUGUCUGUAAGGUCAGCGCCCUUGUCGUCAUUAUUGCAGCUGGUGUGUAUCACCUGAUACAAGGUCACAAUGAAAACUUUAGAGACCCGUUCGUCAUCAGCAACCUCAACCCUGGUUACUUUACCAUGGCCUUGUAUGCAGGGUUGUAUGCCUAUGUAGGAUGGGAUCACAUCAACAACGCAGUGGAGGAAAUCAUCCAACCACAAAGGACGAUGCCAAUAGCUAUUCUUGGAGGCCUCGCCAUCCCCACCGUCUGCUACAUCAUGGCCAACAUCGCCUACCACGCAGUCAUGACUAAUCAGGAGAUUCUCUCAGGAGUUGCAGUUGCAGUUGUGUUUGGUGAGCGAAUGCUGGGCCCUCUCAAGUGGGCGAUGGUGCCCUGCAUCGGGAUGUCUGCUGCUGGCAUCGCCAACGUCAUCAUUUUCACCUCCAGCAGGUUAAACUUCGUAGGCGGCAGAGACAAUGUCUUCCCUCGAUUUCUGGGAAUGGUGAAUGCUGAAAGCAGGACGCCGAUGCCAACAGUGCUACUCGUGUUCGCCUUUUCGCUGGUCGUUGUAUCUCUGGGGGAUGUGAAGAGCAUCAUCGGGACCUACUCCUUCGUGCGGGCUCUGCCGGAAGCUGUGGCUAUAAUUGGCAUAUUGCGUCUGAGGAGAAAGUUCCCAGACACUCAUGAAGUGUACAAGGUUCCCCUGGUGUUCCCAAUCAUCUUCGUCGUGUUCUUCAUGGCGUUGUCAGUGACCGCCAUAGCCUACCAGCCGGUCAAGUUCCUCGUGCCCCUGGCUGUGGUGUUCCUGGCGGUCCCUGCGUAUCUCAUCUCUGUCGCAGACUGGUGGCGGAAAGGCCCCUCCAUCUCAUUCAACGCAAAGAUGGUUACCAUCUGUCGCCGUCUACUUCUGUGUCAGCUGGCGGAAGCCCCACAAAACUUGAUGUAGAUGCUGCCACGAUAUCGUCCCCAAUCACCUGAUCUUAUGAUGUAGUUACUGCUUCGACAUCGGCCCUACUCACCUGAUCUUAGGAUGUAGAUAUUGUCACGACAUCGGCCCUACUCACCUGAUCUUAGGAUGUAGAUACUGUCACGACAUUGGCUCC